AUGGGUUCGGGAUCCAGCGUGGCGCUGUCCAUGAAGCGGCGGCAAGACGCCAUAGAGGCUCGAAAGAGUGCGAAAAAAGCGAUGAAGAAAAAGAAGAAGGAGGAACUGUACAAGUACUUGCAAGAAAACACCGACUACCAGGACAAAGUCCGGUUUCUGUUCCAGGUGCCGCUGUUGAAGCGUCUUCCCCUCGAUCAACAGCCUCUGGUUGCUCGCGCAGCGAAGUCAGUCAAGUUCCCACCGCGCACGGUCAUCAUCAAAGAAGGAGAGAUGGGAGAUGAGUUUUUCGUUCUCCGUCAGGGUGAGGCCAGCGUGACGGUUCAUACAGUGAAAGGCGACAAGGUAGUGGGGCGUUUAGGACCCGGUGACUACUUUGGAGAGAAGGCCCUGUUGGCCUCUGAGCCGCGCACGGCCACCAUCAUCUCCGAAAGCUUUGCCGAGUGCUUGCGGAUCCACCGGCAGCAAUUCGAAGAGCUUGGCCUCAAAGAGAAGCUCACCUUUGCAGAUCGCAAAGCUGAGCGCAAGCCAAAACUUCGAAGACACAAGCCGCCAACACCGAAAACCCUACAGGAGGAGCAGUUCAUCAGGGACUGCCUCCUGAACUGCGAGAACUUGAGCGGAGGCAUGGGAGGCUUGACUGAGAAGAAGAUGCAGGCACUUAUCAGCGUCAUGUGGAAGGAGAAUGUGUUGCCUGGUCGACGACUGAUCCGGGAAAGCGAUCUGGGCGCCGACUUCUUCUAUGUGGUGGAAUCUGGCACGUUUGAGGUGAUCAUCACCGAAAAGCUCGCUGAAGCAAGGGCUGGGGCUAUUGUGCAUAGUAAGAAGACCGUGGUCGACGUCUUGAAGCGAGGGAACACCUUCGGAGAGCUGGCCAUAAUUUUUCUCAUUCCACGGAGAGCUACGGUGGUUUGCACCUCUGAGGCUUCGGUUUGGGUCUGUGACCGCCUUCAGUUCAAGUCGAUUGUGAUGCCAGUCAGCGAGGAGAAACAGCUGGAAUUUGUGCAGAUCUUUAGUGCAGUGCCGCUGCUUAUGCCGCUGUUGACCACAGAGAAAGCCCAGAUGGCCAAAGUCGUCGUCGAGGUCACUUACAAUGCUGACGAGCACAUUGUAGAGCAGGGUGCUCCUGGCAACACCUUCUUCAUGCUGGUGGAGGGCAAGGUGGUCAUUCUCAGGGAUGACAUGGUGAAAGGAGAGCUGGAGGCAAAUGUAGCGAAGCAGACGAUUCCUUACUUCGGUGAGCGGGCCCUCUUGUACCAAGAGCCGCGCGCUGCUACGGUGAAGGUGAUUUCCGAGUCCGCUCGCUGCCUGAUGCUGGACAAGGAUGCUUUUGAUGAGCACUUGGGCUUGCUCCGGGAAGUCUUAGAGAAUGCGCUGAAGACUAUGGACUGGAAAGCAGACAAGAAGAAGAAAGCUCAUCACCCAGGUGAUCCUGAUAGAGACAGGAUCUACCGGCAUGAGUUGGUCACCUGCGGCCGCAUGGGAUGUGGGGGAUACUCGACGGUAGAUUUAGUGCAGCAUGGGAACUCUGGAAACACCUAUGCUUUGAAAUCCAUCAGCAAGGGCUACAUAUGGGAAUCUCAAAUGAAAGGAGCCAUUGCCAAUGAGAAAGAUGUUUUGUACAUGACGAGCUCUCCAUUCAUCAUCAAGCUCUUCGAGACCUACAACACCCCCAAAUCGCUUUGCUUUUUAUUGGAGGCUGCCCUGGGUGGUGAGCUUUUCACCGUCUACAAGAAGCACUCUUUAUUUGGCAGCGAGGGCCAUGCCAGGUUUUAUGCUGCUGGGGUGGCCUUUGCACUGGAACACAUGCACGAUCGACGCAUCGUCUACAGAGAUGUGAAGCCUGAGAACAUACUUCUGGACCACAAUGGUCAAGUGAAGCUGUCCGACAUGGGCUGUGCCAAGUUCGCUACCAAUAGCACGUACACGGUCACUGGUACGCCUGACUACUUUGCACCAGAGAUGGUGAAGGCCUGUGGGCAUGACUGCAACGUGGAUUGGUGGGCCCUGGGGGUUUUGGUGUUCGAGCUGCUUGCUGGAAAGCCGCCUUUCGAGUCGGCCUAUCCCUUCCAGACAUUUGUCAAGAUCCACAAAGGCAUCGAGCGAGUGAGAUUCCCAGCCUUGCUGAUGGGAUCGGCGGAGGAUCUCAUCAAGGGGCUGCUACGAGAAAUGCCUGAGAAGAGGCUUCCUGCGAUGAACGGAGGCCUGACCAAUCUUUGGAAGCAGAGCUGGUAUUCUGGCUUCGAUCAUGCUGCAAUGAAGAAUCUCAGCCUACCAGCACCCUACAAUCCGCAAGUGCGGAGUAACAGGGACCUGGCAAACUUCUUUGCCAAUGCCGAUGAUCACCCUCGGGAACUGCCUUACGUCGAUCCCGGCAACGGAUGGGACGACUUCUUCGCCAGCUGCUGA